GGUCGUUUUCUGUGACUACGUCGCCUCGCCGGCUUUCCCGUUGCAUGGUUCUAUAUAUGUAACCACCACGGGUGCCCACCUAUGUUCUCCUCUCCAGUUCUAUAUCCCUUUGCGCCAGCUACUUUGAUUUGAUCUGCUGCCUCUUCCUGCUCAGAUAGGGAAUCAUACCUGUGCGAAGGAGGAUCCGUCGAUGGUGAUGAUGGGGCAGCUGGGGAGGCUGGUGGACGGGCUGAGGUCCAAGAUGAGGGCCGGCGGCGGGAAGAAGGGGGCGGGGAAGAAGGCGGCGGCGGCGGCGGCGUACGAGCAGAUGGGGAAGACGGAGAGCAUGAGGGUGGAGAUCAAGAGCCGGCAGGCGCAGAAGCUCAUCGCCAAGAACCUCGUCGCCGCCGACUCCAUAGGCCGCAGGAGCAGGAACAAGCGCUUCUUCCUCGCCUUCUAGCUGCCGGCGUUCUUCAGAAGGAAGAGCUGUGUCCUGUCCUAACAUGUGAGCUUUAGACAGUACAGUACGUACCGUUGCGUAGCGAAUGUAAAGAAACCUCAGGAAAGCAACCGCAUACAGCGGGAAGCUCUCUGUUACCACCUGUAACCACACAUGCAGUACUAUCUGUCUCACCCGUGAA